AUGGUUAUAGAGAGUAUUUUUCAUACUAAUGUCAAAAACAAAUUUAAAUAUAGUGCAUCUAACUUAAAUGUCUUAAAAGUAAUUAUAAUGUUAUCACAAAUUUUGAAUUUGGCCAAAGCAUCAACAAUUAUAUAUGAAAACUUUUUUAGCAGCACUUCAAUAAAUAGUAAAUAAUAAUUAAUAAAAUUAAAGAUUUAAACUCCUUUUAUUACAAUAAUAAUUGUGAUUCAGUAAUUAGUACUUGUGGCAGCUAAACAAUCUUAAAAGUUAAUUAAUGCUCUCCGAAUGAUUAUGAUUUCUUAAUUUAUUAAACAAUUGAACUUAAUCCACACUAUUUAUUGUUCCUCUCCUUUAAAUUUUGGAGGUAAUAGUUAUAAAUAAAAUUAGAAUUGAUUAAUGGGAUAAUAAAUAUUUUACUGUAUACAUUGAUAAUAAAUUAAUACAUGGAGCAGUAUAUUCACAUACAAGUAGUCCAUCAGAUUUAUGUGGAAGCACCAGUUAUAAUGAUGAAUACUAUUCAAUAAGUGGAAUAAUUGAUCAUUCUAGCACAACAGUUUUUAUUGUAAUGUUAGCUUAAAGAGGGAUUUGGGGAAUUUCUGAAUUAGAAAUAUAAAUUGAAUAAUGUCCUACUGGAUGUUAUUCAUGUAAUAAAGAUCAAUUUUUAGAUGAAUAUUUGUAUUUUUAGUAAUUUGUAAGUAAAACUAUUUCAUCUAUCAGUUCUUCUGAAGGUUGGAUAAAAGAUGGAAUGGUUCAAACUAGUGUAAAUGGUUGUCUUGGUAAUUAUAUUUUUUUAUAUAGAUUGGAAAUAUGGAAAUGUAAAUUCAGGAAAAAAUUUGAUGAAAGUCCUAAAGCUUGAUUAGCAUACUGCUAUAAGUUUUUAAUUAAAAGUUUUAAUCUUUAAUUCAAAUCCAAUAAAUGUUUUUAUCAAAAUAGAUGAUGUAAUAGUAUUUUAGACUGAAUAUUCUAAUGGAUGGAUAAAUAUUAAUCAUGCUGAAGAAUUAUGUGUAUUUAUGCAAAUGAAGAAUAUUAAAAUUCAUUAAUACACACACAUUAAUUAAUAAAUUUAAAUAUCUGUUUUAUUGAAUGAAAAUUCUAAAUUUGGAAUAAGAGAUUUUCAAUUAUUUUUAGGUACUAGUUAUUUUCAAAAUAUGUGUGCUGAUUAUAAUUUAUUAGCCUUUGAUAGUUGUUUUUCAAAUAUAUAUGAUUGUGUUGAAGGUUGUAGUAAUUGUAUUAAAGGUGAAUGUUGGGAUUGUUAAGAGGGUUGGGAAUAUAAUAGAUAUUUAAGAAUUUGUAUUCCAAUUUGUGGAGAUUCAAAAAUAAUCAAUUAUGAAUAAUGUGAUGAUGGAAACUAAACGCCUAAUGAUGGAUGUCAUUUAUGUAUAUAUUCUUGUAUAAAAAAUUUCUUUUUAUGUUAAUUUGGAAUUUGUUAUUUAUGCAAUAUUACAUCUAGAUUAUCAGUUGAUUAAUAAAUUUUUAUAAGAAUUGAUGAUGACUAAGAUGUUAAAAACUUUAUUUAAACUUAAGUUUUUUGAAAUGAUUUACGAUUAUGCUCAAAAGAGUGCUAAAUUUGGUAAAAAUGUUCAGAUUUAUAAUAGAAUAUUUGCUAUCAUAUUUAUCAGCAAAUGAUAGAAUAAUCAUCAGAAACAGUGGAAGAAAGUAAAGAAGAAGAGGAAGAAGAAAGAAAAAGAAAAAGAAAAAAAAAAGAGGAUGAGAAUCUUACUAUUGAGUGCAUGUCUUAUUGUUUAUAUUGUGAAGAUUAGCAUUCUUGUUUACAUUGUGAGUGAAUUUUUAAAUUAAAAAAUAAGUAAUACUUGCCAAUUUGUGGAGAUGGUGUUAUUAUUUAAGGAUAUGAGGAUUGUGAAGAUGGAAAUAAUGAUCCAUACGAUAAUAUUAAUGUUAAUUUCAAUGUUCAUUUGGAUGCAUAAAUUGUGAAUAAGGUAAUAUUUGUAAAAAAUGUGAUAAUUUAAAAAUUUGAAAUAAUUACAAUACUAAUUAAUUUAUUGACGAGAAUAAUACAAAAUCAACUGGUUUUUUAGGAAUAGAAAAUUAAAUUCUAAGUAGGUGAUUAAUGUGGCAAUGGUAUACUUAAUAAAUAAUUAUGA